UGGGAGGGAGCCAUGAAACAAAAUCUCGUUGCUCAAGCCACUAGCACCCCGACCCCCAAGCCUGGAGCUGGCCCUGGACCCAAAGGGAUGAGAGAGAAGGAGGCAGGUGGUGGAGUUGGGAAAUCCUCUCCACACACCAUGCCUGGUUUUAUAGAACUGUAAAAAUGCAAGGGAUCAAGCUGCACGUGCACACGUUGCUAAUAAUAACAACAAUAACAGCAGGAGGGCAUAAUAUCAAGGUGGCAUGUAUAUGUCUGUGAGAGGGAGCGAGCAAAAGUAACCCGACGCCAAAGGCGGCGUGGCGGUUGCCAAGGUCUCACACCGGCCGUUGCUAAGGGAACCCAGGGCGCGUCAAGGUCCGGGGGUAGCUAUGGCGGCGGCAGCCAUGAGCGUGGAGGGGAGUCACAGAACCGGCGAUGGCGGCGGCGACUCCACCGCUUCGAUACUGGCCGAGCUGCACUGGGACGACGGAUUCGCCAUCCCCGUGGCUAAUGCGGAAAACAAGGCUCUGGAGGAAGAGCUGCAAAAGUUUCAAAAAGAAAAGGCAAACUUAGAAAAUCAGUUGACUGACUAUGAAGACCGUAUUGCAGCAAUGACAUCACAUUUAAAGAACGUCGGGCAGGAGUUUAAUUUGACACAGUCUCUUUUCAGAGCCAGGCAGAAUGAAAUUGAAACCGAGCAGCAUUUUAAAGCCCUCGCAGAGAGAGAAGUGGGGCGCCUGAAAAGUGAGAUUCAAAGGCUGGAGAAUGAUAUGGUUUCAUUAAGAGAGAAAAAAAAUAGUCAAGAAAAUAAUGUUUUCAAAGUGACUCAGAAGCUGGAAGCCUUAAGAUGCCAAAUGAACUGGGACCAACAAGCUUUGGAGGCUUGGUUAGAAGAGUCUGCACGUAAAGACAAUGAUGCAGUCACAAUCCAGAAAUAUGCACAGCAAGAUGAUGGCAAAUUACGAGUGUUAACUCUACAGAUAGAAAUGCUGACUGUACAAUGUAAUAACAGACGCAGAAUUCUUGACAACGAGCUUACAGAAACCUUAGCUGCUCAGAUAGAGCUGGAUAAGACAGCCGAAGAUUUCCGCAGGGUUCAUCAUGAAAGACAAGAACUUAUCAGACAAUGGGAAAACACCAUAGAACAAAUGAAGAAAAGAGAUCAAGAAAUAGAUAACUGUGCCUUGCUUUUAGCACAGGCAAGACGGGCAAUCCGUGCAAAGGAAAGUUUGCUUAAAGACAAGAUCCAGUUUUUGGCAAAUGAGAGUGGUAAUAACAUGGAGUACGAGAAGAGAAUUGCCAUAGCUGAUCGGCAAGCUGCCAAACUGAGACAGGAUUACCAGAAAGAGGAGGCUAACCGAAAUCAGCUCCAGGAUGAGCUGGAUACCUUGAAAGCUACUGUGGAUGGAACUGCAUCUGAAUUAGAAUCUAUGAGAAUCAAUGUAGCUAACCUUAAAAAGGAAAUCCAAGACAAAACUUUAAGGCUAAAUUUGAUAAAGGACCAGAAUGAGAGUCUUGCGAGUAAACUGAAAUAUGUGACAAACCAAGCCCUGAGUUUAGAAGAAAAAGUAGCCAGAACAGAAGAGCUGCUGAAAGAUAAGGAGAAAGGUGUCAAGGAGAAAGAGGCACAGGCACUACAGUUGAGAGACGCACAUUUUAAGAAAACAAAAGAGUUGCAAGCACUUAAAGACAAGGAGAGAUGUGUCACAGCUGAAAUUGAUGGACGCCGAGGACAGAUGAAAAACCUACACAGUCGGUUAGUCCGGCUGGAUGCAGAUACACUUAAGCAACAAGAACUAAUAUAUAACCAGGAUUUUUACAUACAGCAAGUGGAGAGAAGGCUGUCACGCUUGCAGGGGGAGCUUAACACAGAUGAGAGGCAAAUUUUAGAAGCAAAAGUUGCUGAACUUACAAAGAUAGCAGAGGAAAAGAAACAGGCAUACAAUACUCUACAAGCACAGCAGAAGAAACUCCAGAGUGACACCCAUUUUAUCAAGUUGGCUAUGACUAAGACUGGAGAAGAAAUGGCUGGUUUGAAUACCAGAGUAGAUGAGCUAAAUCUUUUCACUGACAAAUCGGAGAAGCUAUUAAAAAAAGCCAGAGCAGAUAAACAGGAUUUGAUGAUUGAAGAUAAUCUCCUGAAACUAGAGAUGAAACGCGUAAGAGAUACACUGUACAAUAAGGCAGAGAAAGUUCUCUCACUUGAAAAAUGGAAGCAACAACUAAAAACGGCAAUGGAAGAAAGAACGGCAGAUAUCAAAGUUCAUAAGGCAAUGACUGAGACUCAGAUAAGAAUAAUAGAGCAGGAGCGUCAAACUUUGAGUUCUGAGUUUCAUGAGCGACUGAGUAAAAUUGAGAAACUGAAGGGCAGAUAUGAAAUCAUUACCAUCGUCAUGAUGCCCCCAGAAGGAGAAGAGGAGAAAACCCAGACUUAUUAUGUCAUCAAGGCUGCCCAGGAAAAGGAAGAUCUUCAGCGUGAAGGAGACACUUUAGAUGCAAAGAUCCAACAAGCUGAGAAAGAAUGUGUAGCCCUAGAGAAUACUCUGCAUGUGCUUAACAACUGCAACAGCAACUACCGAGACUCAUUCAAAAAAGUCACAGAGAAAAGUGAGGAGCAUGAGGAGAAAGUGAAACUGGAAGAAGAGAAAAGAGCUGCUGAUGAGAAAUACAGAUACAAGAGAAGACAGAUCAAGGAACUCCAGGAGGAUAUACAGACUAUGCAGGGUAAUCUUGACACUCUUUUGAAAGAUGAGAAUCUUUGCAGCCAAAAAAUGAAAGAAAAACAAACACAUAUUUUGCUGUUAACCAAGGACAUAGAUGACCAGAAGCCAAAGCUAGAAAGAGCCACGAAACAGGUUUCCCGACUAUCCAAAGAGAUCCGCACAUUAAAGGACACUCAGUCAGAAACACAAGAAGAACAAGAUAUUGAACUUCGUUCAUUGAAAGAGUUCACCAGAUCCAUUGAUAAAAUGCUACUUGAUAUUUCAGAAUCAAAUCCAGAUUUAAACACAGCCUUUCAGAGAUAUUUUGAACAGGCUUCCAUACCUCUUCCUGAAAUUAUUUCUCAUCUUAGCUUGCGGUCAUCUACUCACAGCUCAUCAUCUUCCACAGUGUCCCGUAAGAGUUCAGCUUCGUCUUCAAGUCAACCACAACUUAAAGUUUUAUCUCUGACUUUGAGCCAGAGUCCUGAACCUGUUUUUUCGCAUCCUUCUAGCCCAAGUAGCAUUUCUGGAACAUCUCGCAGCAGAAGCCCAAAAUAGCAUUUAGGGUUAUGCUGCAGGGAAUAUCUGAGUUUGUAAGAGACAAAUGAUUUAUUGUUUACACUGUUUUUAGAAAUAUGUUUGUUAAACUGCUGUAGACUUUAUCCUCAUGGAUACAUAAUUUAAAAAUUAUUUAGGUGAUCUCCAGUAGGCACUACGACAGCCCCAAGUGGGUAACGUGUUCUUCUUGUACCCACUUGGUGGUGGUUCUAGUAUUCCCUGAGAAACACCCUUUAGGUGACUAAAAUGGUUCCUUAUUGGCAAAUGGAAUUUUUUUUAAAAAAAAUCUUAAUGGAAAUGAAUUAAAUGUAAACAUUUUAGUAGCAUAAUUAAGAAUUAUAAAAACUGCCUUUAAUGUUUCACAUUUCUUCAGGCUUUAUAGGAUCCUGUAGUUUUAAUUGUGAGAAUCUUUAAAAUAUAGUGUCAAAAAAUAUUGCCCUGCCCUACCUCUCCCAGUAAACUUUCUGUAUUCAUCUGACUCAGCUUAGGGAGCGUAUUUCACUUAACCAAGACUCCAGAGAGCAUUAGGAAAACUGCUUUAAAUCUUAUGGCUUAUGAGACUGCACCCCUCUCCAAAAAACAUCACAAUGAUUGAAGUGAAAAAGCCACCAGAUGGAGUUUUGUAAAAAUUUAAUAGCAAGACAGACUAUAUAUACACUGAUAGCACAUUCAUUAAAAACUUUUUGAGUUUAUGCUUAUGCUAGCCAUAGAAAGUUAACAGUCAUUGAUGCCUUGGAAAGUUUCCUCCUGUAAAGUGCAAUUUGGCUGCUACUCAGCACAGAUGGCAGUCUUAAUAGUAGUUAAGUUUUUCAACCAAUCACACCAUCACAUCUUAAUAUCCUAAACAGCAUAAGAAACUCAGUUAAAAAUAUGAUGUAACUCUUGCAUAUUCAUCAUUCCCUAAAUCAGUAUCUUAUCAAGGGAUGGGAACAAAAAAUAAAACCCUAAACAUUUCUAUUUUUCUAUUAAGAGCACAGACUUGUCUAGUAAUUAGAAAUUGAACUAUGCUUGCACCCAGUGUAACAGAUUCUUUUAAACAAUCACUGGUUUUUCUGCUUGCUUCCUUUUUCUCUCUCAAAUUCAGCAAUCUGAUUAAAUAUGUUGAGUAAGUUCUGAGGCAGUUGUUUCCUAGCACCACUUCCCGAUUGUCCUUUACCAUUGAGUGUAGCUUCCUCAUCUAGGUCAUUGGCUUUUCUGGUAUCCCUUUCCUUACUCUUGGGUUCUUUCUCACUUUUAAUCCAUGCCAACUCAGGCCUGUUGUCGGCAUUAUACCUACUAGGCUCAUUUAUCCACUGGCUGGUAUAUUGUUUGUAGUAUUCAACUGAUUUGGUUGAGUAAUCAGACCCUGUCGGAGAUGUGGAGUACUUUGUUUGGCUUGGGCUGUGCUUUUGAUAAUGCUCCUUCCUCCUCAAUUCUUUUUCUAAUUUUCUUGAAUAUUUUGUCUUGUUCCUGUCAUCAGACUUUCUACAGUAGGAACCUGUACUAUCCCUCCUAUCAGAAGAAACUUUAUCUAACUUACCCUGUUUCUCAGUUGUGUUACUAUCUGCCUGAGUCUUGGAGCCGUUGUAUGAAUCUCUGGAAUCUUCAGACCUACCUCCAUAAGCAUCUUCAUUGGGAGCACGAGUCCUUGACAGAGAGUACUCUCUCUCUGUUACCUCAGGUUUUUGAUAGGCUAACCCGUCCUGUCUCUCCAGCAGUUUCUCCAUUUCAUGCUUUUGAUUAAGGAAGGAAGCAGAGGUAUUGGCUGGAGGAGAAUAGCAGUCAUUUUUCCUAUUCUGAUGUAAGAAACUCCUAGAAGUGUGCUUUUUUGAGCUGCACGAGGAUUCGGACCGACUCCGAUUCCUUUUCUUACGCUUUUUGUUAUCAGAAGAGGAAGAGGAGGAAGGAGAUUCAUCUGACGAAGAAUCAGAGGAGGAGGAAGAGGAAGUUGACCUUUUCCUUUUCUUCUUUAACCUAAAAAUUUUAAUUAACCAUGAGGCCAGUAGCAUCAAAAAUUCAACGUUUUGGCAAAACUGUGUAGUAAAGGUUCAUACUCAGCUGCUAAACUAAUAUGUAUAUAUGUAUGUGUGCAUGCAUGCAUGCAUAUUUAAGCACAAAUAGAUAAAACUGAGAACACUAUUUUGUCACUGGGAAAAGGUUCAGAUUUCAAAUUUAAAAUUGUAAGCUAAACCAAGCAAGCUAGUUUUAAACUUUUCUGGUAAGCAUUUUCAGAGGUUUGACUAUGACUAUAAGUCUCCUUACAUUACACAGAAUAAGACAACCAAAUCUACCUAUCAAAUGGCAAUACUAAAAUAUGCUGAUUGAAUGUAAAGUAUUAUUUAAAGACCAUGCAAAUUUCAGUAGUCAGAAUUGAGUAAGCUACAAGGAGACAAGGCUUUCCUCUCAUUAAAAAAAACCCAACAGCAGAUUAAGUCAAGUCUGUAUGGAAUGACUUAUCUUGCUUAGCAACACUUGUCUGGAAUACUAAUUGAAAUGCCAUGUAUUCUUUCUUUGCUGCCCCUUAUGUUCUUCCUUCUUCAAAUAAUCUUUUUUUACAAAAAACUUUUGCCUCAGUCCUUUCAUCUUUAAGGUCAAAUAUAUGAAACUCCAUCUGCUCACAUUCAUCUCAUGCUAUUUUUGUCUCCGCCCCUUUCUCUGUUGUCUUCACUUGGGUCACAGUUUAGAUUAACCUGUCAUGAGACCAUGGACCUGUCUUAUUUUUGCUUAUGAAGUUCUGAAGUACCAUGUAUACUAAUGGCGCUGUAUAAGAUGCAAUUAUAUAGUUUUACCUACCAAAGACUAAAGAGAAAAAUGUAAGAGUAGUGCCUAAGGAUUUUGAAGUGGGAAAGAUAUGGUUUGUUGCUUUGCCUUAAAAUAGAUUUUCAAAAAGCAUCAUUGCUCAUUUGGUACACAAAUCAUUAUCCACACAAGCUACCUUUCCUAGCCUAACUAGAGUGGCAAGUCCCACUGAUUUCAGUGUCUUUAGAUGACAGCUUAAAAUUGCAGUGGAUUACGCUGUUAGACAGAACUAAGUACAAAAGAGACAGCGGAGAAAGAGGAUGCUCCCAGCAAAAGUUUUAGCCCUGAUAUUCAAGAAUCGCCCACAUGGAGAAGCAACAUGCUGGGAAGAUCUGUUCUACACAAAAUAUCUUGCAUUAUAUCCAACAAAGCCAUUGCACAAGCUGAACAAUUUCCACU